AUGUUGCAAGAACAACAUGGAUUUGAACCAGUUUUCAUAUCAAAAAAACGGAAAUCGAGGUUGAAUAAAUUGAGUGAACUUCGAGGCAGCGAUUUAAACAAAUUCACCAGUUGCUCAUAUGCAGUGAAAAAUGGGAAUGAAUUUUUCGGAGGUAAGUGCUUUUCUAAAUUUCGACAAAAUGAGUAA